AUGGCAAAGAAGAAGAAAUUGGCAAGGAAACCAGUGACAAGAUCAGAAGCUCAAGGCCUGCCUUCAAUCCAAAAUGAGAAUACUCAGACCAAAUUCGUUCAUGAAGAGGCUGUUGGCAAGGGCAAUGUUCAAGCAAUGGGUAAGACCCUAAUUGAGUCUGAUUUGGGAGAGAUCGCUGAUGGUGAAGUACAGGAAGGUGAGCCAAAAGUUCCUGAGUUUGCUGCUUCUAGCUGGGCGGACAAAGUGGAAGCUAGAGACUAUCAAUCUUCGGCCCAAAAGCAUUGGAAUCAAUUCAAAUCGGGUAAGCUUUCUUUUAGUGAUCAGAAACUAGAAUAUGCUGAACCACUGGUUAAGGAUGGUAAGAGGAUUGCCUUAAUUGAUGAGGAUGAAGUGAGAAGCCAGUCGACUAUCUGGAACUCAGCAGUCAUAUGUAUGGUUCUCGGAGCUAAUCCUCCAAUGGCUGUGUUUGAAGGAUUUAUCAAGAGAGUUUGGGGUCAUCUAGGGAUUGCUCAAAUUGCUAGGAUGACUAUGGGUCUGAUAAUGGUUAAGUUUAAUGAUGAGGCUACUCGAAGCCAUGUUUUGGAGAAUGGUUGCCUUCAUUUUGACAGAAAACCAGUGAUUGUUCGACCAUGGACAACCGAUUUAAGUGCGAUUCGUUUGAUCCGCUCAGUUCCUCUGUGGAUUAGACUACAUGAUCUUGGCCUUCAAUAUUGGGGAAGCAAAUGCCUUAGUGCUUUAGUUAGUACUAUAGGAAAACCGAUAAUGGUCGAUAAGUUUACUCGAGAGAUAACUAGAGUUCAGUUUGCUAGGAUUUUGGUGGAGGUCGAACUUUCAGAUAAUCCUCCUAGGAUUAUACAUUAUAUGAAUGAGCAAGGUCAACUAGUGGAGCAAGGGGUGGAAUAUGAAUGGCUGCCUGUCAAAUGCAAAAAAUGUGAUGGUUAUGCACAUAUUAUGACUGAUUGCCGCAAGGAACUGAUGCCACAAUCGGUUCAAAAAGCUACUCUACCUAAAACAUCUCAUGAGAUUGGACGGGAUAAGGAAAAACAAGUGUUGAAUUCAACUCCAGAACUAGCUAAGGAGCAUAUUGUAGAUGCUGAAGCUGGACAGGGACAAUGUUUAGGAACUAAGGAGGUGAUUGAGGAGACGUCUGAUGUUGAGGGCCAGAAAUCAAAAAAUAAGUGGCAAACUCCUAAGAAACCAGGGUCUCUGAAUAAGCAAGGCCAAAUAGGUAUUCAUAACAAGAAUGCAAACAAAAAUGAGGUCCAAGGGAAGAAGUCGAAAAAUUUGUUUGGGGUGCUUCAGGAACAGACAGAAAGGAAUGAAGGAGGAAGGGGUAAAUCGCAAUCUUCUAAUGGAUAA